UACGGUACGUACCGCUGGAAGGGCCCAUUCCCGUCAGACCCAGACUAAGUCACGCAUUACGCAAGUUCUACCACCUCGAACCAGAGCACGUAGAAGACCAUGACUCUCGCCGAGAAGGAUGGAUACCUGUACGUUCCGCCCUCCUCAAUGUCUCGCGUCGACCGGAAGCUGACGCGCCUCUGUCUAUCUAAGCCUGCGAGUGGACUCGUGGUUGCCGUCAAAGAGUUUCGCGUGCGUAGAGACGGGCUGGAUGAAGCCAAGAACAUGCGGCUGCUGAAAGAGAGUCUUACCGAGAAUAAGAAUAUCUCAUUGCAUGAAGCCAUCAUAAUGCAAGGAAGGGGUGAGGAGCCGAAAGUGUUCAUCGUUUUCCUGAAAGCCCCGCACGGAGACUUGUGGCAGUUUCUCCACGGCGGCGAGACCAUUGGACAUAGAGGAGAAAUUAUCCGGUCAUACGAUUUCUCGCAACGAUUUCCACAAGCCGCGGAUAUUGAGAUUGAGCUCGCGCCCUCGUUGCUGAAGCAGUGCGAGGGUUUGGCCGGGGCGCUGAGGUUUCUCCAUGAGGGGUUCCAGGCAAACGACAUUGAUUUGUUUUGCGCACAUAUGGACCUCAAACCCAACAAUGUUGUUAUAUUCGACGGGGGCCCUGAUGGAGAAAUUGUAGGAAUGUGGAAGCUUUGCGACUUUGGCAUCUCUGCAUUUAAGGAACAUCCCAAAACCCACCAAGACUCCUCGGUUAUUUCGGUAGGUGAUUACCAUGCCCAGGUAACCAUGAAGACGAAACCGAGACGAGACCGGGGUCCUUAUCAAGCUCCUGAAGUAUGGCGGUUUCGAGACACUUCCGAUAUCUCUCCUCAAGCUGCAUCGGAUCAAGGCAGAGUUGGCCGUAAAAGCGACAUCUGGUCGUUCGGCAGUAUAUUUACUGAGGUGUUGACAUUUUCAUUGCAGCGCGAUGCCGGUGUGAAACGCUUUGCUAAGUAUCGUCUCUCCGGUCGAUAUCAGAAGGAUGACUAUUUCUAUUCAUCGAUCUCCCCUGAUGCCCUUUAUGAUCCAAGCCAGCAGCCAUUGCACUCCUACCAAGUCAAGCCUCAAGUCUUGGACUGGUUAAACGAGCUGUGUAUGCACUCGUCAACAACCCAGAGAUGGGCUGAGUGCUGGGCUCUUUGCAUUCGACGCAUCCUCGAAGUCGAUCCAAACAAGCGACCCGACGCACAGACGUUGGUCUCGUACGUUCGCCACGUUCGAGCCCACGUACUUCAUUCUCACCAGCCCAAGGAGAUUCGCUGUGUGUUCCAGUCUUCUGCUCACGAUUCCAUCCGUGUCCCAGCUCCAGUGCCCCCGAUUCCCGCUCUCGUGAGGGAACCUGCACUACAGGAUCUCAGGCCGGGUGAAGAAGGGCCCACGAUCAUUAUCCGCCAGCCAACGCUGCCACUAGCAGUCAACAAUGAGAGCGGUGAAAUCGAAAGUGCAUAUUCAGAUCCCGAUGAGAAAUCUCAGAGUGUGGAACGGGAUAAGGGAUCCCAACCUGGCGGUCGGGGAGACGAGCAGGAGGGCAGUAUUGUUGUACUGGAUUCAGAACCGCUGCCCCUAAGCGAGCAGGAGAACUUCAUUCUUGGGCAGCCCCUGACAGCCCAUGGGAUCAUGACUAGCCGUGAUGACCCUCGAGAAGUCAAACCUUCAACCAUUCAAAAGCUGAAAAUCGGCUCUCGCAGAGAAGCCAUCGCUGUAACAUCGGAUGGACUCAGAGCCGCUUUUCUCACAAAACCCGCCAUACAUAUCUUCACCGUCUUCAAUCAGUCGGGCUUGCCGAAUCCUGAGCUGGAAGCCGUGUUACCAUUUACAAAAGACGAGCGAGGCCCUGUGUGGGUUGGCAUUGCCAUUGCAGGGGCGUUUCUGGUUGUUUGGGGCUUUGAGAAGAAGUCCAAGGACUCGCAGCUCCGUGUCAUGCGUCGGACGGACGAUGGCCAGUGGGAGAACUUGGCAGUCCCCAACGAAAACGAUGUGCGCAGGUUCGACUACGACAAGCGUGUCGCUGUCUCUAGCCAGGGAUAUGUUGCCGUAAUAACGUCGGGCAAAAUUACUGUGGUCGCCUACCAGUCAGCCCGAGCCUCGCGUCUUCACUCUAGAGGCACCGGCAACAGGCGCUUUUAGAAGCAGAACCAUAUCAGUCUUGGAGCGGGAGUUCGUUGACGUCGCCUUCGAUGAUGCGGGACGUCUUCUCCACACUUGGGCCAAUGUCGGUACUGACGGGGCGCUUUGCAUUUACCGGUGUUCAAGUUUAGCCAGGUCCAGCACUCCGGAGUCUAUUGGGUAUUAUGAAUAUGUGAGUUCAGGAGUCCAGCAUGGG